AUGCAGGACAGUGCGCGUGCUAACCAGGUCUGUGACCGUUGCCGGAGGCGCAAGAUCCGAUGUGCUGGUGACGGAAGUAGCGUGAGUCUUGAGUAUUCGGUUGUUUUACCUGGCCAUCCGUUCUCUGACCGACCACAGGCCCGUUGUACGCCUUGCACAACCGCACAGGUUCCUUGCCUUAGGUCAACUGCGUUGAAACGAAACCGAAAGCGUAAAAGCUUUUACGAGAACGAGGCCAUACAAGAGCGACUUCUGGAGCAACAUCAAGACAAUGAAGCCGUCGAAAAUGGCCAAUCGCUGGCUGCUUCAGCUGAACAGGCACGACAUCGACCAGCCACUUUUGCUCAUGACUUGAUCUUGCAACAAGCAUCGCCACGGCGACAUGCUGAGCAAGGGACAAAGGAUCUCGGGAGCACGCCUUCUCUGGCGCCUGCCCGGGGUUCUCAGCAUGCGACGUCGACGCCGCGUGAUUAUCAGAGCCGUCCAGUCUCCAAACUUAGCCCUGCAGACCCAGUUGUCGGCCAUAUGGGUCGCCUAGUCCCAAAUGAUGGCGGUGUCUCCUUGUUCGCAGGGUCUACCUCAGGUGUUCAUUUUGUCAGCCAGACUGAGCAGACGAUGCAGCAGCUCAGACUGAGCACAAACCAGUACCCCAACAGCGCCUACAGCUUGCAUCUGCACAGUGUGGCCAGGCUCGGCACUCAGGAAGACGACCUAACUCUUAUCGCGAACAUCGUUCCCCAGAUCCAGAGCAACGCCAUCACAGUCAUAGAGUCAACCAUCGACUUUUUAACACCACUGUAUCCCGCCAUACACAAGCCCAGCUCCUUGCCAGUCUAUCGACACCUACUCGUGGGGUCGGGUUGCAAAUACCCUCUUGUACAACUGUAUCAAGUCCUCCUGCUCUUGGCAAUUGGGAGUAUCGCAACACCAUCACCGUCAUGUAGCAGACGACACUCGCACUUACUGUGCCACGCCGAGUACUAUUAUUCACUAGCGACCGUCAUAAGCGCUAGAGCAAUGACCGUGUCCUGCCUCGAAACCCUCCAAGGGCUUGUUCUUGCUCAAAUCUACUUGCAAGUAUCGAGUCGCGGAGAAGAAGCGCUUCAACUUGGUGGUGUUGCCACGAGAAUGGCGCAAAGUCUAGGACUCCAUCGACACUCUGCUCGCUUCAAGAUGAGUCCACUUGAGACGGAGAUGCGGAGACGGCUGUGGGGUUGCCAGUCUACCCUAGAUACAUUUGCAAGCACAUAUCACGGUAUGCCACGCUUGAUCCGCACCCAAGACGUCGACGCAGACAACCCGACGCCCGUGGACCACGACCAGAUGAGUGCGUCACAGAUAGCUUUCCCCCUCCCGGGAGAGCGAUCUGAGAUAGACUAUGCAAUUUGCACUUUCUCGAUCGCACGCACCCUUGGAAAGACUCUUGAGCGUCUCUACACGACGACAGACCGUCGCGGCGGUGUCGACAAGAUCCACCAGCUUCGGGCGGAGGUCGAACUUUGGACGAGGACACUACCUUCAGAAGUGAACGAUGACGAGUAUUUCAACACAAUCAGUCCACAUCAGCACGGAAGAACUCCAACAGGUACAGACACUGCACAAUUACACAACUGCGAGGGCCAGCUGGGCCAAAUUGAGUUCUCGACGGCUCAACACUCAGCUCCUGGAGCCUCGGCUCUUAGAGGGUCUCUUGGGGCGAUGCUCUUGCGGAUCAUCAAACGCAUCACAACUAUCCACAUUCACCGACCAGCACUAGCAUUCACAAGCUCAAAUCCCCAAGUACUUGAGUCUUUACGGACGUGCACCUCGGCAUCAGGUGACCUUAUCCGAAUUAUGGAUUGGAUCACCACGAACCAGAGCGAGGAUGCACGUCACCCACCCUCGGUUGAAACCGGAAGAACCGGGCCCACAAACACAAAUGGAAGCCCCGACAUACUACGCAAACGUCUCUUCCUGUCAUCACUAUAUCCCAAUGGGGUGCACAUGCUGUGGCAAGCCGGCCUGACGAUCCUCUUCUCGAAAUGGAAGGGCCAUCCGAUCGAGGCCUCUAGCACAACAACACAAGGCUUUCAAGACGCCUCGUCAGACACUGGGUAUCAUCUCGUCCUCAAGUGCGCAUCCACCAUGCGCAGUAUCUCGGACUUGUGCGACGACGACGACGACGACGCACCAUCUGCUCAUGGUGGACACAACUCCAACGGCGUCAACAUAUGCGCUGAUAUUCUGGAACAGCUUGCCAGGAAGACAUUCCCAAAUGCCCACUCGCCACAUGUAAUUUCUUGGACGAACAGCGACGGCAGGAAUGAUGGUGCCAACACGACUGAGCACCAACAACAGCACAUGGCUUCUCAGAAAUCUAAGCAGAGUGCUUUGGACAAUCAAACUGGCCACUACGCCGAGUGGCAACAGCAGGAGUCGCCCAGCUGGGACCUAUGGGACUGGCCGAUGGCAUCUGCUCUGGAUCUGGCUAAUAUUUUGGACGCCUUGCCGUUUGAAAUGUCUAUGGAGGAAGACCUCGGGACGAUGCAGCAUAGGCCUUGAAUCGCUUUUCAAGCUUUCCAAUAGCUGGUCACAAAUGGACCAAUUGUCCCUGAUGUCAUGAUAUGCAUAUCCGACUAGUUCAACUAAUGGGUGAGAAUAAUACCUGG